AAGCGACAGGUGCAAGUGCUCCCCGUGCACGUGCCGGAUCUCGUGAGGCGACGUGUCGAGCGCUGACGAGGCAGACCAGCGUUCUUUGCCGUUCGGCGUGGUCAGCGUGUCUUGGAAGCUUCCCCGGCGCAACGCUAAGGUUGUCGAACGACGCCAUCGGCUUCAUGAAGUCUCAACGAAGGAACAAGCAGGCGCACAACCGCCGAGCGGACGGACGCGGACGUGCCAUGCGUCCCAACAUUCCUCUGCUGGAGCACUUCCGGUGGCCCCGCCUUCGGCGUCCGUUCUACAAACACUGGCUGCUCAACGUACUGCGUCUCGUGGAGCUCUUCUGUUGGGUCAUGCUGUUCCGCCUGCUGAUCGCGCUGUCCGCGGUCACUGUGGUUGUCUUGGCAUGCCUUCUGGUCGCUGCAAUGGUGGUGGGCGGUCCGGCCCUGCUGCGCUCCCUCGCCGACUUCAUGACCGACACGUUCCGCGAGGUGUUCACCCUGUGCUCCCAGUUCCUCCAAGACCCUGUCCAGGCGCGCCUGUUAGACUUUGCCAGGAGGGGAACACAUAUGUGACUGGAGACUCCCGCUCCAGGCCUCGCUGACUUGACCACCAAGCUGGCGGGUAGGCAGGCGGCGGGCGCGUAACGCAGCGACUGUCAGCGUCCACUCGGUGCCCAAGGCACGAAGCUAAACGCCGGUCGCGGGCGCGCGUGGUGUGUGUGGUGUGGGUUUUUGUCUUGUUUCGUCUCUCGGGUGAGCUGCAGCAAGUCAUUUGCUACCGUGCUGUGCUGUCUCGGCUAGUUGGCGGCCACAUAUUUGACGCGGCGGCUACGCAACGCACUUGAUGCCAAGCAGGGCACUUAAAGGUCUCGUGGCGACCGAGCAGUCGUGGCGUUCGUGCGGCUUGUUUAUCUGGUGUGAACUGUCGGCAUACCGGCGCACAGGCCCGUCGCCUCGCCCAGCUUUUACGCACGUGAUGCAACUGGUGUAAAGCGCGUUCUGCAGGUUUACGCUGGGGAUAUGCACCGACCGCGACAGUGCACCUUGCGCUUGUUCUGUGUCCAGCUUUUUUUUUUUUUUUCACGGUCAGAGGCAGCCGUGCCAUGGUGUUGUGCUGCGGCAGCCUUACGGAGCGCUGGUACAGCUGCAAGCGACCGUGAUCAACAUUGUGUGGUCUUUGACUUGCAUCAAGUGCAUUGUAAGCUGCCUCGUUAACAGGAAUUGGAACUCCCCCAGAAUUCCACAAUGGCUGCACAGUGAUUCAGCCACAGUUCCCUUUAUUUGCUUUCGUUUGAAGACAACCGCGCCCAGAAUGAGAGUUUACAUGUAUGUACUAGCGCUUUUUUAGCAGGACAAGACCUUCCAAGCUUGUGUACGGGCAACCCUUAAAACACGACGCCUAUGACUGGACGCUCGUAAAGUGACAUCAAGAACCUGGCAUUGAAAAUGAGGGCAAGGAGGGAAUAAAGCAAUCGCAAGACCGUGGUGCUCGCCCUGUGGAGUCGCCUGGCAAAAGUGCCGCGUUUGUCUGCCAUUGGCUGAAAUACAAGUCGUUUGUUAGGACUACCAAGGAAAUCGCAUUUUACAGCCAAGACGGGCGAACGCACUUGCCUGUAAGGAGGUCACGGCUCGACGACAGCGCUUGGACACUGUGAAUGAACGAAGUGGCCAGUGCAAGUUUGAGAAGAGGCAUCGCGUGAGAGACGGAAAGAGUUCGCCAGCCAGCUGAGACAGUGGGUUGAGAGCUAAAGAAUAACAGUGCAUAUCGGCAUUGCUACUUCCAGGGUCAAGAAUCAAUUCUUUCACUUGUAGGGUUUGAAAACGGCACGCGAACAGUUGUCUUCUCAGACAUCCGUGCACACUACGCGUCUGUGGCCAGCAGACACGUAAAAAGAGAAAAAGAAAACAGCCAGAACUAUCAAUAUAAUUUGAAGUCUUAGCAUGCUACGUCUUUUUUGUUUUUGUCUCCUCUACCUGCAGUGUUAUCCCGUCCCGUGACUUGCACUUUCCUCACCCGAAGUACGGAAUGUGUUUUCAUAGGCUUUUGCCAUGAACUUUCUUGGAGUGUUUUUUUUGUCUUGUGUGGUAGUUUUGCUCACUACAAGCAGUUUGUUGCAACCAACUGCGCGAUAUGUAGGUGAACUGUGCUUGUUCAAAAUGUUCUGUUAUGGGCAUUAAACUUUGCUGUUGAGGCGUGA